GGAUUUAAUUCUGACGGCAGGGCUGUAAGGGACGAGCGGGAACGAAAGCCUUUUGUCAAGGAGUAGCAGCCUCUGUCGUCUGUAAUUACCACUGACGCGGAGAAGCUGCAUUGCUGGUGGAAUUCCAGGCAGCUCUGACAAGUGUGGGGCUGCAGGAUGGGAAGAAAACAUUGCUCUGCAGAUUAGCUGGGUGCAUUAAGCAGACACUCAAAAGACAACAACAACAACAACAAAGCAAAACAACAGCCCACAGUGGAAGACCAGGAAUGGAUAAGAUGCCGUGCAGGAGCUUCCACCCAGAUGUUUGAAAUCCUGUAGAUGUGAUUGGAGUCCCUGAGAACGAAGCAGGGUGCACGGGCCGAGCACUGAGAAGCAGCAGCCUGGGACAAGGCUGGUCCAGCCUCCCGGUUUCCAAGAGUGGAUCGUACCCACCAGGAGAAUGAGUGAAGAGACCGUCCCAGAGGCUGCCUCCCCCCCGCCCCCGCAGGGGCAGCAGUACUUCGACCGCUUUUCUGAGGACGACCCCGAAUACUUGCGCCUUCGCGGUCGCGCAGCGGACCUGCGACAGGACUUCAACCUGAUGGAGCAGAAGAAGCGCGUCACCAUGAUCCUGCAGAGCCCGUCUUUCAGGGAGGAGCUGGAAGGCCUCAUCCAGGAGCAGAUGAAGAAGGGGAACAAUUCCUCCAACAUCUGGGCCCUGCGGCAGAUCGCGGACUUCAUGGCCAGCACCUCCCACGCAGUCUUCCCAACAUCUUCCAUGAACUUCUCCAUGAUGACACCCAUCAAUGACCUCCACACAGCUGACACCUUGAACCUGGCCAAGGGAGAGCGGCUCAUGCGGUGCAAGAUCAGCAGCGUGUACCGUCUCUUAGACCUUUAUGGCUGGGCCCAGCUGAGCGACACCUACGUUACGCUGAGAGUCAGCAAGGAACAGGAUCACUUCCUGAUUAGCCCUAAGGGAGUUUCUUGUAGUGAAGUCACCGCAUCCAGCCUGAUCAAGGUGAAUAUCCUGGGAGAGGUGGUGGAGAAGGGCAGCAGCUGCUUCCCAGUGGAUACCACGGGCUUCUGUCUGCAUUCGGCCAUCUACGCAGCCAGACCCGACGUGCGUUGCAUCAUCCACCUGCACACGCCAGCCACCGCAGCCGUGUCGGCCAUGAAGUGCGGCCUCCUGCCUGUCUCCCACAAUGCCCUGCUGGUGGGGGACAUGGCCUACUAUGACUUCAAUGGUGGGAUGGAGCAGGAAGCGGAUCGAAUCAGCCUGCAGAAGUGCCUUGGACCCACCUGCAAGAUCCUGGUGCUAAGAAACCAUGGAGUGGUUGCUCUAGGUGACACCGUGGAGGAGGCGUUUUAUAAGGUCUUCCACCUGCAGGCUGCAUGUGAGAUACAGGUGUCCGCCCUGUCCAGCGCUGGGGGAGUGGAGAACCUCAUCCUCCUGGAGCAGGAGAAGCACCGACCCCACGAAGUGGGCUCUGUGCAGUGGGCAGGGAGCACCUUCGGACCCAUGCAGAAGAGCCGGCUGGGGGAACACGAGUUUGAGGCCCUCAUGAGGAUGCUGGACAACCUGGGUUACAGAACAGGCUACACAUACCGCUAUCCCUUUGUUCAAGAGAAAACCAAACACAAAAGUGAGGUGGAGAUUCCAGCCACCGUCACAGCCUUCGUGUUUGAGGAGGACGGGGUCCCAAUGCCUGCCUUGCGGCAGCAUGCCCAAAAACAGCAGAAGGAGAAGACCCGUUGGCUCAACACACCCAAUACCUACCUACGGGUCAACGUGGCUGACGAGGUCCAGAGGAGCAUGGGCAGCCCCCGGCCCAAGACCACAUGGAUGAAGGCUGAUGAAGUGGAGAAAUCCAGCAGUGGCAUGCCAAUACGGAUCGAAAACCCAAACCAAUUUGUGCCUCUCUAUACCGACCCCCAAGAAGUGCUGGACAUGCGGAACAAGAUUCGAGAACAAAACCGACAAGAUGUGAAGUCGGCGGGGCCUCAAUCCCAGCUGCUGGCGAGCGUCAUCGCUGAGAAGAGUCGAAGCCCGUCUACAGAGAGCCAGCUGAUGUCCAAGGGCGAUGCGGAUACCAAAGACGACUCAGAGGAGACUGUGCCCAACCCCUUCAGCCAACUCACUGACCAGGAGCUGGAGGAGUACAAGAAGGAGGUGGAGAGGAAGAAACUAGAACUUGACGGAGAGAAAGAAACCACUGCAGAGGAGCCUGGCUCCCCUGUAAGGUCUGCACCUGCUUCUCCAGCACAGAGUCCAGCAAAGUCAGAGACGAAGAGCCCCCUGGUCUCUCCCUCCAAGUCUUUAGACGAAGGUGCUAAGACAGAAACAAGCAAAGCCACCACAGAGCCUGAAACAACGCAGCCAGAAGGAGUGGUGGUCAACGGGAAGGAGGAAGAACAGACCGCAGAGGAAAUUCUCAGCAAGGGCUUGAGCCAGAUGACCACCAAUGCUGACACAGAUGUUGAUACCUCUAAGGACAAAACUGAGUCGGUCACCAGCGGCCCCAUGUCCCCAGAGGGCUCACCUUCCAAGUCUCCCUCCAAAAAGAAGAAGAAAUUCCGAACCCCGUCCUUCCUGAAAAAGAGCAAAAAGAAGGAGAAAGUGGAGUCCUGAUUGGUAGCAUUCUCAUCUGCACCCUCUCUCUCCACCCCUUCCCUUCUCCCAACUCUGUCCCUAGAAGCACAGGGCCAACAAAGGAUAGAAUAGGACCCUGGACCACACUCUGAGGGGGAACUUAGAGAUCACCCAACAAACCCCUCAUUUUACAAUUGCCCCAGAGAAAUCAGGUGACUUUCCCAAGGUCACACAGCUAGUUAGUGGCAGAGCCAGCACUAGAAUUCGGGUCUCCUGGCCCCUAGUCCAGUGCUUUUUCCACUAUAUAACACUGCCUAGUUGUGGGCCGCCUUUGUGAGGUUGCUGCCCACCAAUCUGAGCCCAGGGCAGAAGGCCAGAGUGGGCUGCAAGCUCGCACAGCCUCAGACCAAAUCAGACAGGUCGAGGCUUCCCCUGAGAAAGGUCCUUUUCCUUGCGGGAAUCCAAUCUCCUGCUGAUGGAGCUGUCACAGUUUAGAAAUCUCUCUUUCCCACAGGGUCCUUGCUCUGCUGCUCACAGUAACCAGACAAAUUGACCUGUUCCCUCCACCAGAAGUUAAUCUUUGUUCCCAAGGGCUGAUGGCUUAGCUCAUGCUUCCCCAACCACUAACCCUGAGCUUUCUUCAUGGAACCUCCUGAAUGACGGAUGGAUGAAGAAUUGUAAGAGCGGGCAGACGUGAGGGCAAGCCAAGUCAGCCACAGGAUUCGAGUAGUUUAAUCAAUAUAAUAAGCCAGGAACUCGGCCCAUUUGAAUCGUUCAUCUCAGGCGCUUCAAAACUAAAACCAAAUUUAGCUUAGAGAAAAGUUGUCUCAUGCUCAGGGCAGAAAUUUGGGGAAAUUUAGAUCCUCCUUUGGCUUUGGGUUGUACAAGGAGGAUCAAAACAACACAGGAAAUGCUAUGCCUUUCUAGCUUUGCAUGACACACGGAGCAAUGUGGCUCUACCUGUUUCACUCCUACCUGGCAGUCAGGUGUCCCCUGACUUCCCCGCAAACCUGGAACCUGGCUCACACACUGGAACUGGCAUCUUACCCUUGGCUCCUUUGGGUUCCGACUCAGUCACUCUGGGUCCAGCAGAGGAGAGUGAGAUGAGCCCUUCAAGAUUAAGUCUCUUGAAUCAUCUAGGAGAGAAAUCAGCUUGAGUGUCCUCACCCUGUCACUAUCUGUCCAUCCUGGGGCCUAGUAAGAGCUAUGGCUUUCGUUGUAAAUGCCAGCACUACCUUUUCAUAUCCUUCCAUGGGACAUCGAGUAAUAAGCGUUGUUGGCUCCUAAAAAAUAGACAAUCCAUUCUCUUUAUAGCACAGUGUCUUCAAAGAGUAUUUUUCCUUUUUGUCCUGAUGAUUGUGAAAGUACUUUUGAAAGUUCUUAAUCAUCGUUUUCCACUUUGGGGCACUUACUUUCUAUGUAUAGACACUGUGCAGCCUUUACAUUCGUUGCACCCUUUGACCGUCACAAUAAUCCUGUGAUGUGGGUGAGGUAUUCCCAUUUUAUGAUUAAGGAAACUGAGCCCCAGAAGGACAAUUGACUUGCUCAGGUGAUGUGGCUAGAAAGAUCAGAGCCUGGAUUUGAGCCCAGCUCAGUCUGAGUCCAGAGCCUUGUUCUUAACAGUUGAUGAUGAUUAGAAAACUUGAAUCCCCAAGGAUGGUUGUUUUAGUCCAGGACCCAUUUCUGUGACUGGUCUCCACUGUGUAAUGUCAGCAGUUGACAUGAAAGCAGAAAACUACCCGUGUUCUCCCUCAUCAAUACACGUUAAGUUCCCAAUAAACGUGGAUUGUGGUGAGGCCAAUGUGGACCUCCAACAAAGGAGAGGCAGGAGCCGUCUGGUUGGGCCGGAGUAUAGUUGGGCUAUUUCUUAAGAAGGAAGGAAACUGACACCUGACUAAGGAGAACCCAGUGCUGCAUCUCUCUAGUCAGAUUCCUAACUGCUCCCCCACCCUCUACUUCAUUCUACUUUCUGAUUGGAUCUUGUGAUGGGCAAGCCAAUGGUCAAGGGCAUGUAUGCCUCAGAAAAAGUCUGUGAUGUGGGAAAUGCCUUCAAAAACCAAUCCUCUGAUGCCUUCUUUAAAAAAAUAGAUUUCACAUUCAUUCAUUUA